AUGACUACGCUCACGCGACAGGACCUCAACUUUGGCCAAGUGGUGGCCGACGUGCUUUGCGAGUUCCUGGAGGUGGCCGUGCACCUGAUCCUCUACGUGCGCGAGGUCUACCCGGUGGGCAUCUUCCAGAAGCGUAAGAAGUACAACGUGCCUGUCCAGAUGUCCUGCCACCCGGAGUUGAACCAGUAUAUCCAGGACACGCUGCACUGUGUCAAGCCGCUCCUGGAGAAGAAUGAUGUGGAGAAAGUGGUGGUGGUAAUUUUGGACAAAGAGCAUCGCCCAGUGGAGAAAUUCGUCUUUGAAAUUACCCAGCCUCCACUGCUGUCCAUCAGCUCAGACUCCCUACUGUCUCACGUGGAGCAGCUGCUCCGAGCUUUCAUCCUGAAGAUCAGCGUGUGUGAUGCUGUCCUGGACCACAACCCCCCAGGCUGUACCUUCACCGUUUUGGUGCACACGAGGGAAGCUGCCACUCGCAACAUGGAGAAGAUCCAGGUCAUCAAGGACUUCCCCUGGAUCCUGGCGGAUGAGCAGGAUGUCCACAUGCAUGACCCCCGGCUGAUUCCCCUCAAAACCAUGACAUCAGACAUUUUAAAGAUGCAGCUCUAUGUGGAAGAACGAGCUCAUAAAAACAGCUGA